AUGAAGUCUGCUCUUGCACUGCUAGCUGCGGCCAUGUUCUCGGGCGCCCUCGCUGCCGACAAGGCCGCGUGGAAGUCUCGCAACAUCUACUUUGCCCUGACCGAUCGUGUGGCGCGCGGUGCCAACGACAAUGGCGGUGGCUCUUGCGGCAACCUCGGACAGUACUGCGGUGGCACAUUCCAGGGUCUGCAGUCCAAGCUGGACUACAUCAAGGGCAUGGGCUUUGAUGCCAUCUGGAUCACGCCCGUCGUUGCUAACGGUGGCUACCACGGCUACUGGGCCAAGGAUCUCUACUCGGUCAACUCCAACUACGGCACCGCCAAUGACCUCAAGAGCCUUGUCAAUGCAGCCCACGACAAGGACAUGUAUGUCAUGAUCGACGUGGUGGCCAACCACAUGGGCGCGGGCGACGUCUCCAGCUACAGGCCCGAGCCGCUCAACCAGCAGUCGUCCUACCACUCGGCCUGCGGCAUCGACUACGGCAACCAGAACUCUAUCGAGCAGUGCUGGAUCGCCGGCCUGCCCGACAUCAAGACAAGCGACUCCAACAUCCGCCGCGUCUUGAACGAGUGGAUCUCCUGGUUCGUCGGUGAGUACGGCUUCGACGGCGUCCGCCUCGACACGGUCAAGCACGUUGAGAAGGACUUUUGGGCCGACUUCUCCAAGGCCGCCGGCGUCUACACCAUUGGCGAGGUCUGGGACGGCGACCCCGACUACCUCGCCGGAUACGACGGACUCAUGGGCGGUCUCCUCGACUACGCCACCUACUACCCCAUGAACCGCUUCUACCGGCAGCAGGGCUCCAGCCAGGACCUCGUCGACAUGAUUGACACGGUCAGCCAGACCUUCCAGGACCCCGCCGCGCUCGGCACGUUCCUCGACAACCACGACAAUGCCCGCUGGCUCAACCAGCGCAACGACUGGGCCCUGUUCAAAAACGCCCUCGCCUUUGUCGUCCUGUCCCGCGGCAUCCCCAUUGUCUACUACGGCUCCGAGCAGGGCUACGCCGGCGGCAACGACCCCGCGAACCGCGAGGAUCUCUGGCGGAGCGGCUUCAACACGGAUGCCGACCUGUACAAGUUCAUUGCCGCCCUGGGCUCCGUGCGUCAGGAGGCAGGUGGCCUCGGCGGCAACGACCACGAGCACCUGUACGUCGAGGACGGCGCCUAUGCCUGGUCGCGCCUCGGCGGCGACCUGAUUGUCCUGACCACCAACGGGGGCAGCGGCUACGAGGGCCGGCACUGCGUCUACUCCCGCCGCAGCAACGGCUCCUGGAACGUCGCCAUGGGUGGCUCGGGCACCGUGACUGCUGACGGGGAUGGUGUUGUCUGCUUGGACGUCCAGUGGGGCCUGCCCGUCGUGCUGCGUGCCCGCUAA